GUCCCCGUGCAGGUGCGAGCGCCCGCGUGCAGCGCGGAUGGUGCCCCGCUAAGCGCGGCGCGCGCGCUGCCCGCCACCCCGAGCCAUGGUGAUCAUGUCGGAGUACACCUCGGUGCCCGCCGCCGGGCAGGGCCAGCAGCGGCCUCUGCGAGUCGGCUUCUACGACAUCGAGAGGACCUUGGGGAAAGGCAACUUCGCUGUGGUAAAACUGGCUAGGCACCGAGUCACCAAAACGCAGGUUGCAAUAAAAAUAAUAGACAAAACAAGGUUAGACCCAAGCAAUCUGGAGAAGAUUUAUAGAGAAGUUCAGAUAAUGAAGCUUUUGAAUCAUCCCCACAUUAUCAAGCUUUAUCAGGUUAUGGAGACAAAGGAUAUGCUUUACAUUGUUACUGAGUUUGCAAAGAAUGGAGAAAUGUUUGAUCAUCUAACCUCCAAUGGGCACUUAAGUGAAAGUGAAGCACGGAAGAAGUUCUGGCAGAUUCUUUCAGCAGUGGAAUAUUGUCACAGCCACCACAUAGUUCACAGGGAUCUCAAAACAGAAAACCUUCUGCUAGACGCUAACAUGAAUAUCAAGUUAGCAGACUUUGGCUUUGGAAACUUCUACAAGUCAGGAGAGCCCCUCUCCACGUGGUGUGGAAGCCCACCUUAUGCAGCUCCAGAAGUUUUUGAAGGCAAAGAAUAUGAAGGACCUCACCUUGAUAUAUGGAGCCUUGGAGUGGUGCUCUAUGUCCUUGUCUGUGGUUCUCUGCCUUUUGAUGGACCCAAUUUACCAACUCUGAGGCAAAGAGUGCUGGAGGGGCGGUUCCGCAUCCCUUACUUCAUGUCUGAAGACUGUGAAACACUAAUCCGAAGGAUGUUGGUUGUGGACCCAACCAAGCGAAUAACCAUUUCCCAAAUAAAGCAGCACAAAUGGAUGCAAGCUGACCCAUCUCUUCAACAGCAGCAGUCUUUGUCCUUCUCCAUGCAAAACUACAACUCUAACCUGGGUGACUACAACGAGCAGGUGCUUGGGAUCAUGCAAACGCUUGGCAUUGACAGACAGAGGACUGUUGAGUCUCUGCAAAACAGCAGCUACAAUCAUUUUGCUGCAAUUUAUUACCUGCUCUUGGAGCGCCUGAAGGAGUAUAGAAGCAGCCAGCUAUCAAGUCGUCCAGCAACUGGCCGUCAGCAAAGGCCAAGGAGCUCUGAAAUCAGCAAUGUUGAGAUGGCACAGGAGAGUCUCACUAGUGAAACCCUACGAUCAUCUUUGCUUUACCAGCAGCCCCAGAGCCUGAUUCAGCCAUCCUUGCAGACAGAAAUGGACUGUGACAUGAGCAAUCCAUUACAGCCUGUGUUCUUCCCUGUGGAUCCCAACUUCAAUGGGCUCUUCCGGAACCGCUCCAUCUCGCCCAAUAGCCUGCUGGAGACCACUAUUAGUGAAGAAGUAAGGCAAGAGAAGGAGCUGGAAGAUGAAAUUAAGGCAUAUGAGCAUCCCAUCCACAUCCCCAGCAACACCAGCAGAAGGCAUACGCUGGCUGAAGUGACCACUCAUUUCUAUCAGCAUGCCCCUCCAUGUAUAGUCAUUUCCUCUUCUGCAAGCCCCACAGAGGGAACUAGUUCAGACAGCUGCCUUACUUCAUCUUCAAAUGACAGCUCAGUGGCCCUGAGCAGCUGUUUGGCAGGUCAAGCAAUGACGGGGAGUCCCGCCACAGCUAGGAUGAUGUCACCCUUCCUAGCUUCCCAGUCUGAUGCUCCGGUGUUACAAGGCCAGGGCUGCAUGGGAGGUGCUUCUCUCCUGCCUAUCAGCUUCCAAGAAGGAAGGCGAGCAUCUGAUACCUCAUUAACUCAAGGCUUGAAGGCUUUUAGGCAGCAGCUGCGGAAGAACGCUCGAGCCAAGGGGUUUCUCGGCUUGAAUAAAAUCAAAGGCUUUGCUCGGCAGGUGUGUCAGUCCUCCUCAUCUCGGGCAGCAAGGAGUGCCAUGAGCCCUUUCCAACACACACAGCCGAACACCUGCAUGUACGGCAGCAGUGGGAGCAGCAGAGAGGGAAGAAGCCUUCUGGAGGAGGUGCUACAGCAGCAGAGAAUGCUUCAGCUCCAGCAUCACCAGCUACUCCAGACAGCUUGUCCCCAGACUUCUCAGACAGCUGCAACAAAUGGCAUCCCCUCCUCUGAUAGCUUAGGUACCUGCAAAGCAUCCAAUUCUCUUCUGUUGUCAGAGUUGCAAAGAGAAAACUCAUUUGAGCUGGCCUUUGGCAACAGCCAGCUGCUCCAACCUCAUUUCUUCGGUGUCAGCGUGUCACCGGUGUCCUCAGCAGCUCACCUUUUAGACACACACCUGUACAUCAGCAGCAAUGUUUCUCCAGUUGGCACCACCUUCUCUCAGCAGCAGAGUUUCUCUGCACAGUCUCCAAGCUAUGACGCUGUCACUCUGCGGCACGGGGAUUGCGAGAUGGAGGACCUGACUUCCAACCAGCUAGGGAAGUUCGUCCUGGUGAAAUGAGAGACCUGGCAGCUGCAGCUCCUGCUGCUCUUGUUGUGAAGAGCUUCCACCACCAUUCCAUGGUGCGUGUGGCUCCAUGGCUGGCUGACGUCGUGUGGACGAGUGACUCUCAGAAGCAAUAAAUUUUGAAGUAUGUGAAGAGGCUGUCUGGCUCAGAAAGCUGGCAACUUUAUAGAACUGAAACAAGCAAUAUGUAUGUCUUUUUGCUUCUUCUACUCUUGCACUGAACAAAUAUGAAUAGAAACUGAUUUUUUUUAAAGGAAGAAUAAUGGUGGGGAGGUUGGGUGGGGCAUUUGUGGGGACAGGGAGGGAUGUGGUUUGGGAAGAACUCUUCGGUACUGUACUCAAGUCAGACCAAUACAGCUCUGCUGUUAUGCAAGAUUAGCAGCUGUCGGUGGUGACACAGCAGGGAGAGGCUUUUCAAAGAAGGGACCAGAGCCUCCCUUUUUCACAAUAUUCAUUUAUGGGUUUGUGAAGAUGAUUACCUCUUUUAAAGAAAAUAAACAGAAAACCAGUGGCAUGCAGCAUUAUGAAUUCAUAGAAGACAAAAAUGGAAGCAUUGCCAUUUGUUGGGUGUUUUUUCCCCUCCUGUUAACACUCAUUUUAUUUAAAGGAACCAACAUCCCCAUUCCACACCUCCCAGAUACACAUACUGAAAAUGAAAACUGUGAAGUUCUUGCUUGAUGCAUCAGCUGGAAAAGCUUAAAAAGCCCUUCUGGUUAGUACAGAGGCAAGUAAUCUGCUGAAAAUGUAUCCCUUGAUAACAGGAUCCAAAUUGCAUAAUGUCUGGUCUCUUGCAGGGAUGUUUGUUUGGGGGUUGGGGGAUGCGUGUGUAUAUGCAUACACAAACACGCAUAUAUUUUAUCAGUCUGAAUGAUCUCUAGGAAUCUUUUUAUAAAUGCUAAGUUUAUUCAUAUUCUUGCAGAGCACUGAGGAGGAAGCCUUAGUACCAGUGGGGUGAUAGGAAGGGCUUUCUUUCUGAUAAGCCCUCCUGAAGGUUGCCUACCAAGUUGCCUGAGGGGUAUUUCUUAGUGCUGCACAUGGUUAUUUCCGCUGCUAAUUGUGUUUUUAUGCAUUUCAUUAUCAGGGUCCAAACAGAACUGACUCUUGGGGAAAUGUGCAAUAUUGAGGUUAUAAUUAUACACUGACAAAAACAAAAGGAAUAGGCUAGAACAGAAUUCCACUCUAACGGAGUACAGCUAUUUCUGAACAAAACUGUAUUAAAAGUGAGUAAUACAGCACAAUCUUUGGGUAUUUGGUUUUGGUUGGUUUGUUUUUGGCAUAUUAGCAAACUAAGGUUUUGGAUUAGAUAGGUGUGUUUUUUUUUUCCUAUGGUUUUUAAUGCUGUAUAUGUAUAUAAAUAGGAAGCAGAAAACUAUAUAACACUAGUUAUUUUUUAUAUUUUGUAAUAUGCUUACAUUGUGUUUCUGGUAUAAACCCCACUCCCCUUCCAAGGCAGGGUGCUUCGGUAUAAUGGGGAGAAGAGCCUGUGCUCCUACAGAAAUGAGGUGGGUAGGGCAUGCGAACUUGGGAAGCAGGUGAGCGAACAGCCACCCAGCUUGGCUGGAAGCUGCCAGCUGAAUGUCAGGAGAUAGGCACAUUCUGUCUGAAUGCUUAAAGGACCCAUCUUCCUAAGUGUGACACGGGGUGCCUUCAAGUUACCUUGGCUUCAUGCAACCUGUAGUAUUACGCAUUUGCAAGUCAUACAAUACCUGUUUUUUGUUUGGUUUGUUAUGAUUUUUGUUUGUUUUUUUUUGUUUGUUUUUUUUUUUAAGAAGAAAAAAGCCAAAGAUCGACCAGGUUAAUUGGUGGGAGUAGGAAGGCUUGAAGAUGUCAUGUGGCUCUGUCUGUGGCUCUCCAUAAACAACCUCUUUAUCUGUGUGUUGUACCUGUGUGUCUUUGCUGGUGCAUCUCCAGCUUGCUGCUGCUGCUGCAUGGUCUGGAAGCUUCAAAGUGCGAGAAAAUUGCUUGAUUUGGAUUUCUGUUAAUGAGUGGUGCCUUGCAGCAGAGAAAACACCAAAGUCUCAUGCUCAUUUUUAGUGUGGUUUAAAAAACAAAAAUAUAACCCAACCCAAAAAACAGAUUGCAUGGAGAUGGCUGGAGAGGAGGGCAAGAAGGAGCCAGCUCAUCACAAAGCAGCCACUUUGCCUUCAGUUUUGUAAGGGGUAGCACACAUACUUCAAACGCAGAAUUUCCUCUUCACUAUCUGUUUUGCUUAACGCCAUGGAUCAAAAGGCCACAGAUUCUUUUGUUUCCUGUCCUGAGCAAUGACAAGCACUUUACUUUCAUAGUAUUUUUUUUCGUUUUUCUUUUCCAAUUGCUGUAGAACCUCUUUGGAAUUAUUGCUGGAGCAGAAAGAGGUCAUUUUUAAAAGUUUGGGUUUUUUUUUGUAGAUACCUUGACAGUGCUGUUCUGCAGACUGCAAUGCAAUAGGGUAUUUAAAGACACUACAUGAUUGGUUUAAUUGAGAUGUAUAGUUUAUUUUUUAUCAUGACUGAACAAUCAUUUUAUUUCUUAUGUUAAAAUGAGAGGUGUACACCAAAAUGAUUAGUUGAUGUGUUUUAUUUAAUAUUUAAAUAAAAAAGGUUUUAAAAUUGUU